UCCAUAUAUGGCACAUUUAAGCGUAUAGUGAUAAAAACUAUAAGUUCACCACCUUUACCUCCAAUCCAACUUCCUUCGACAGUUAUCAUGGUGAGAGUGAGGAAAAUAUGGCUCGUAACUGCUUGGAGUUUAUGCAUCAUCAUAACAGCUGUGACUGCUUAUCUAGUCAUGCUUUACGGAUUGAAACUUGGUCCAGUAAAAAGUAAAGAAUGGCUAUCUACUGUGUUGGCUGCUAUAGGGGGUGAAACAUUUAUUAGUGAUCCAGCCAAGAUCAUAUUUUUUUCUAUCAUUCUCACAAUGGCAUUUCAGAGAAAAUAUGAAGUAGAUACACACGGAGUUGAAUACCUGCAGGCUAUACGCUUUAAAGUUCGAAGCGAUAGAAAAUACAUAGAAGAUUUAUUGCAGAGACGGCGCCACCCAAUGUACGCUCCCAUACUACCAGAAAUAAGACAGGAGAUGUUGCGGAAACAAAACACGAGGAGAAAUUGGCUAUAUUUUAUAGACUUUAUAGCAUCUGCAUUGUUCGUUGUGGUGAUCAGCAUCAUAAUCAAUCGACUGUGGAGUUCUCACUAUUAUACAAACAAUCAGGUGAAGAAAUUAAUCACUGCAUCUCACCAACCAGACGUGGGGGUUAUUGAUUUCUAUAAUAUUAGAGAUACCUCUGACAUGGAAAAAUAUUUGGAAUAUACAAUAAUGUAUUCACUGUACAACACAAGAUGGUACAAUGACAAAGAAAUCUCAGAGAUGCAGAAUGGAAAUAGCACUCAUGAUCCGUUGUACUGGACGGAAGAUUGUGCCAAAAGAAUGCUGGGGCUUCCCAAGUUGAGGCAACUUCGCACAAAAACGAGAAAAUGCCGAAACAUUCUAAAACAAGAAGCAAUGUGUCUACCUAAACUAAGCGAAAAGUAUAAAGACACAGAUGUGUAUGGAGUGGGGUGGACACCUGCACACUGGACUGAAGUAAUUAGAAACAACUCUCCAUGGCAAUAUACGCAAGACCUCUCCAGUUUCAUAUUCAGACUGUACAGAUUGUACGGUAAAUCUGGAAAAAUGUAUGAACGUGGAGGAUAUCUAACGACUCUGGGACCUAAGAGGCGCCAGGCAGAUCUGACACUAGCAGACUUGAGAGAAAACUACUGGCAGGACGCCCGGACACGGGUGGUCUUCUUGGAACUGACUCUGUACAACGCAAACAAAAACCUCUUCAGUCAGGUCACGCUUACAGUGGAGUAUAUGAUUACCGGCAGCACCCUCCUGAAUGCACGGAUUACUUCAGUUCAGCACACCAUGAUCUUCAUUGUAUGGCUUAUCAUUUUCUUAUCUUACCUUGUGUUCUACUUUUGUCGUUGUUUUUUCCUGAUUAAUCUACAAGGUUUCUUCGGAUAUCUUUCCUCCACUAGUAACGUACUCCGUUUACUUAUAAUUAUUACGGGUUUCUUAACUGUUGUCAUAUACAUAUUAUGCUAUUUUAAUAUUCGUAGUUACUUAGAAUUAUUUCAAAAGCAGGGCACGGAUAGUUAUUUUGACUUUGAUGACUUGACAUUUUAUUUUCUAACGUUAAAGAUAUGUCUGUCGGUUUUGUUGUGCUUAGCCAUUGUGCGUAUGCUUGUAUUAUUCCGUUUUGGCAAAUCUAUAACUAUGUAUUAUUACGCAUUUGUAAUCUCAAUACAAUGGAUUGUUUGGUUAAUGCUAUUAUUAGUGUUAUGCAUAGUUGCUCUUCAUUUGAUAAGUUAUUUUCUCAACACUUAUCUAAUUUAUGAUGUACCACGAAUAGUGGAAAAGUACAGAAAAGUGAUGCAACACUACAAUCCGCCUGAAUAUGAGUAUCACACUGCUAAAUUAUUUAUCCUCGUUAAGGUAAUAUCUUUAAGUGUCUUUACAUUACUUCUCAUUACAUUAUUUAUGUACUACACAAAGACAGCAAGGUACUAGAUUUUGAAACCUUUAUAUUAUUUUUAUUUCAUGCAUAUCCUUUCUCAUUGUUUAUAAAUAGAUUAAUAGGCCAAUCAAGUUUCAAUAGUAAUUAUGUUUUCUUUAUUACUGCAUUACUACAGUCUACGUUUAGUAUCAAAAUGACAGAUUUUUCAUUGUUAGUUCAUAGGCGUGUCGUUUAUCUGAGUUUUAAUGUAAUAAUUUGAAAUUGUUGCAAUAAAAGA